UAAUGCGGAAGCGGAUGUGCUUGAAACCUGCACACCGACGAGCUGACAGCGUGCAGUAUCUCAUCUAUCGGUAUUUGCAGGAAACACUGUGAAAACAGUUGUGAUCUUGCGUGUGUGAAACACCGAGGCACACUGCUUGUGUUAUCAUGGAGCUGCUGACUGAUGCGCUGUACUGGAUCGGUGCUGUCACUGUGGCCUGGGUGUCGGUGAGCACUCUCGGCUGUCUGCUCAACGGGAUUCGCGUGUGGAUUGUGGGCAAUGGAAAUUUGAUGCGGGCAGCCAAACUCGGGAAAUGGGCAGUUGUGACUGGGGCCACCGAUGGAAUCGGAAAAGCCUAUGCGGAGGAGCUCGCUCGACGAGGUUUUGCUAUCGUUCUCAUCAGCCGUACUCAAGAGAAGCUGGAUGAAGUGUCCAAAGCUAUCGAGAGCAAGUAUAAUGUGGAGACCAAAACCAUUUCUGCUGACUUUGGAUCUGUGGACAUCUACCCUAAGAUUGAGUCUGGACUGGCUGGACUGGAAAUAGGAGUUUUAGUUAACAAUGUUGGAGUGUCUUAUUCCUACCCAGAGUUCUUCCUCAACAUUCCUGAUAUUGACAGCUUCAUCAACAAUAUGAUCAACAUCAAUAUUACAUCAGUUUGUCAGAUGACACGAUUGGUGCUGCCCAGGAUGGUAGAUAGGUCUAAAGGAGUGAUCUUAAAUGUUGCUUCAGCGAGUGGCAUGUACCCAGUUCCUCUCCUCACCCUCUAUUCUUCCUCGAAGGCCUUUGUGGACUUCUUCUCCCGUGGACUUGAUGCUGAAUACAAAAGCAAAGGGAUUAUUAUACAGAGUGUGCUGCCGUUUUAUGUGACGACCAAACUGAGCAAGAUCAGGAGGCCCACUCUUGACAUUCCGACUCCGGAACGCUACGUUAAAGCCCAGCUGAGCACUGUAGGCCUGCAGACUCAGUCGAAUGGUUACUUCCCUCAUGCCAUCAUGGGUUGGGUGACUACAGCUCUGCUUCCUGCAAAACUGCUCAACAAAUAUGUUAUGAGCAUGGGGUUGUCCCAGCGUGCACGCUAUCUGAAGAAACAGAAGCAAGGUUAGAAACAAAAAGGACAGACAGAGGGAUGAAGGGAUGGUAUGAUUAAAAGAAAAGGAGGGACCAACCAAAAAAAAUCCUCAAUCUCUCUGCCCUUUUGCUGUCAGGGGCCAAGAGCACUUACACCCAUCUGCUCCUAAGAUGGUACAAAACAAGCAAUGUAUUUUCUAGACGUUAGAGUGGUGUAUUGACUCGUAGCUAACCCAAAUAUGAUUUGCUUGAACAGCCUUUGCUGACCAACAGUUCCUAUUAGCUUUGUAAAACAACCUCAGAAUAGCUGAAGUUCUUUGUAUCCUAACAGUCACUAACAACACUGAUCGGUGCAGUUUGUUUGGUUUUCUUUAAGAAAGUAAAUUAGUAGUUCUCUGGUAAUAAUCACCUGAUGAACAUAAAUAAUGAGAAAAAUGUUCCCAAUCUGAAUGAAAUGUCUAUUUGUGCAGCAACACAUCCAUUACCAUAACUGAUAUGACUGAAAUUAGGCAGGUUGCCUGCAAUCAUUUAAAAAUUGCAUCUGCAACGUCUACAAAAUGGUGCACUUAUAAUCUUGGUCCAUAUUUGCUUUAUUUUAUCUGACUCAGCAGUUGUUUACAAACGAAAUGCACUACAUGAACUAUUUGUGCCCAUCACAGAUGGCAUGAUGCAUUCUAUCUUGAGAGCAUCUUUUUGAAUGGAGAUGUGAUUUAUAUUGCACUAACAUUGUUGUGGAAAGUUUGUGUACGUCCUGUAUGGUUAACUUUGUAAUGCUGGUACUGCUGGUGACAAAAAGCAAACUUCAACUCUGACAACACUUCAUUUGAAAGCUAAGGCUGUUGUUCCGUUAUUAUCUACUCAAUGCUAAUGGCGUAUUUUCUCCAGUUCUUAGAACUCCUGAAUUCAUUAUGAAUGAAGCGGUUCUUAGAAGUCAUGAAUAACUUUUACAAGACAAAAGUCUAAAGCCUGCAACAGCAGACUUUAUGCACUCAGUAUGCCUGCCUGUGAACUGAUCUUGCAUUUCAAAUAAAAGCAUCUUUCUAAUGUUUUUUCUCUUUUAA